CCGGUUGGUCCUAAAUUGAAAUUUGGUCGUGGCUAGCUUGCCAGAUACCGUGACGGACGGGUUUGCCUGUGCAAAAAAUAAGUGUUUAUACUUCGUUGAACGCUUUGCGAACGCUGUGUCCGGUGAGCGAGUGCGGAAAAAGGCGGGUUACCGAUUUUUUUAUUAGGUGACAUGAAUUUGCGUAACGCGACUAACUUAUGAUUGAAUAUCGAUCGCGUUAGAUAAACGAAUCAAAAAGUCAGUGUGCUGAGAUUGACGCAUAAAACCGCCAUGGUUGUCUGGACUUCUUGCACCACUACCACCAAUAUUGCUGUGACUGAUCCACCAAGUACUGAAAUAUCGAAAUCAAAUACUACAACAGCAAUAACAACAACAACGACAACCAUCGCCUCAAAAUACCCUACGUUUCGAAGUCGGUCCCUUAAAACUGUUUACAGUUGGCUCGCGGGGAAACGACAGGAUGAUGGGGCGGAAGGUUUGUGGCGGGUUCACGACACAUUGUACGAUCUGACAGAAUUCAUCGAUCGCCAUCCAGGUGGCGCCGACUGGAUUAAACUGACGAAGGGAACCGAUAUCACGGAAGCAUUCGAAAGUCAACACAUCAGGAACCACGCCGAAAUACUGUUACCACUGUACAAAGUACGUGUUGCUCGAGAUCCUCGGAAUGUGCAGUUAACGUUUCACGAGCAUGGAUUCUACAAAACAUUGAAACGACGGGUUAGAGAAAUAUCGAAGAACCUUGACACGCGGCCAGCUCGAUAUUCGGAAUUGAUCCAGGAUUCGUUAUUGAUCGCUUUUUUCGCCCUGGUCUUUGCAGCUGUCACUCUGGGUAGCUAUUUGGUAGCGGCCCUCUGUGGGUGGGUCCUCGCGGGUACAAUGAUCUGCGCGCACAAUUUUUUCCAUCAAAAAAACAAUUGGAGAAUGAGGAUCUUCAACUUGGCCUUUUUCAGUUACAGAGAGCAGAGAAUAUCGCAUGUGCUUUCUCAUCAUUUUUACCCGAAUUCUAUCCUGGACUUGGAGAUUUCUUUUUUUGAACCUUUUCUGUGCUGGCUACCUCGAUCCUCUACAAAGAAAAACCGAAUUCAGCGGUUUGGAUCGUGGAUCUAUGAGCCUCUUGUUUUCGCAAUAAUGUUUUUGAACGAAUUCAUUAAACGACUUGUCGAAACAUUAUUCACCAGCACCAAUGCUUUCUAUUGGGAUGAUCUUAUAACGCUGAUCUUGCCUACUUUCAUGUAUGCAACAAGCUCAAACUGUUUGUCAUCGGUUCUGGCCAUGUGGAUAUUCAUCGUUUUGGUUGGAAGUUUUGCUUUCGGUUUCAUUAGCCUUAAUGCAGCUCAUCAUCAUCCGGAUAUCGUUCAUUCGGGCGAUUCAAUUCCCAUGAACAUCGAUUUUGGCAUCUACCAGAUAGCGACUGUCAUCGAUCGGUCCGAUAUUAGAGAUUCGCAGUUGAAUGUAUUGACUACCUUCGGUCACCAUUGUUUGCAUCACCUAUUUCCGACGAUGGACCACGGAUUGUUGCCUCAAUUGAACUCGGUGUUUCUGGAGACAUGCGCCGAGUUCCAUCUGGAAUAUCGUGAAUAUUCCUGGUGGCAAAUGUUCAUCGGGCAGCAUCAGCAGUUGGCGCGCGUCACCCCGAUGACUUACGUGGGCUCGAAGGAAAGAGACAAAAAUCAAGCCACUCAUGAUGGUUGUAAAGCUUAGUUUUAGCAGUACGAUACGUACCAAACGGCUGUGGGAUAACAUUGUUAUUCUUUACUUCUAACAUUUUGUAUAUUACAUCCGAAUGAUUAAUAAAACUAGAUUCCUA